AUGCCCAUGUCCAUGAUCUACUUUGCUAGUUUGUUUCCGUAUCUACUUGAUAUUAAAGUGGUCUUAGUUGGAUUUGAUCUUUGGGUAAGACAAAUCAAUGUACCCUUAACAUUUUCUGGCGAACUAUUCAAUGGGUAUCCAAGGUAUAAGAAGGAAGAUAAGGAUGGUAAUUGGGUUGAUAUAGUUGAUUCUUGGAGUUGGUCCAACUACAAAGUGCUUCUUCCAGACCUGAAGAAAGUUGGUAGGCAGCUCUCUCAACGGUCAGGUCUCAUGAUGAGCAUAUCCACCCCUUGUUCAUCUCGGGUGAUGGAGCAGUUCUUCGGCUUAGUUAACACUUUCUUGCGUGACACAUGGAGGAGGAGGCUCAAGAUACAUACAUACAAGGUUGUGCCUUUUACUCCCAGUGCUGGUGUUCAAGAGUGGGUGAACGGAACUUUCCCGCUUGGUGAAUAUCUGAUUGGAAGCUCCAGAAAUGGAGGUGCUCAUGGAUUCUACGGAGUAGGGGAUUGGACUUUUAUGGAUUGGACUUUUAUGGAAACUAACAAGCCCAAGGCAUCCAGGAAGUCUGCCAGAAUUUCUGGUGCCAGUCAUGCAUUACUUCUUCUUGGAGAGGUUUUCACAGCCUGCGGACUGGUGGGUUACAUCGUAGGAUUAGGUGACCGGCAUUCCAUGAAUAUCUUGAUCAAUCAAGCUACAGCAGAAGUUGUCCAUAUUGAUUUAGGAGUCGCAUUUGAGCAAGGACUGAUGCUAAAAACACCUGAACGGGUUUCAUUUAGGCUGACGAGAGACAUCAUAGAUGGUAUGGGAGUAACUGGUGGAAGGAGUUUCUAG